ACUACUCCCUAUGCCUUUCCGGUUAAUCGUCGCAAUAAAUGGUCUUGACGAAGAAGACGUCACACUCUCGGGGCGAUACAUGCCCAUUGUAAUGCUCACAAAGACAGUUCGAGAAGCCCUGUGCGAACAUGCAGGUCUCAGGCAACCCUUUCUCGACCUCCUUCAUCACGUCUACAAAAACUCAAAUGUGAAAGCAACGCUCGAAGAGGUUCGUUACCGACAUCCCGACGACGAAGACAUUCGUUAUUUCUUCAGGUGGCGCUUCCCAAAUAUACGCCUAGUAACAUCCAAAGGCGGUGCAGAAUUCGAGUGGGGCUAUACGAACGUCGGCGUUGACGCUGCCUGUGACGAUAACGUGCAGAUCGCGUACCAGCUUGCAGAAUGCUUAAUGCUGUCAGCGAAAUCGGCACCGUACAGACAACGAAUCGACGCUUCACAGAUCAUCGCCUCCUACAUCGCCGUCCUCCUGCACGAGCUCGCCCAUCGCCUUCUGGUUUGGUGGUCACGAGGGAAUUGUCGAACGCCUGAUCUUGGUCCGCUCCUGAGAGAAUCAGGACGUUUCAUUGAGGAGGCUUUUUUGGGUGGCGUCUUAGAAGGCUGGUGGGCCAAAGAUAAAGGAGGGGACUUUGAGCAUCUGAGGAAAGUGAUCAUCAGAACACAGUCCGGGCGUUUUUUAGAACUGGAUGAAUACUCCGCAACCGCAUUCUACAAGCGCUUCAACACGUCCACUACCCAUAUUCCGCUCAGCCAUGAAGUAGCUAUGGCAGAAGCUUUUCUAGGGGAUCCCGCCAAAACGAGUCGAGCCAAGAUAAAUCAUGGUAUUAUGCUGGAUACAAGUGACCACGAUUCAUCCGUGACGUCUUCGUCUUCGCCUAUAGGGCUGGGGAUAACUCGAUGUCCCAUUAUAAACGACACAAGACGUCUCUGA